AUGAAUGAUUCUGUGGAAAUCAUGUUUAAGAAAAUCACAGAAUACUUUCAGAGUGGUGGCUUCAUCAAAGUAAGGCUUGAUCCAGUCCCAUAUCAGGAAAUGCUGACCCUUGUUUAUGCCAUUACUAAAAUUAAUGCUGAUCAUUCUCUCCUACCCAAUAUUACACUGGGAUUCAAAGUCUUGGACUCUUGCUACUCCGAGGCCUUUGCUGUGGAGAAUUCACUGCGUCUUUUGUCUGAGGGAGAAAUAGUAGUUCCAAAUUAUAGCUGUGGAAGGCAAAAGAAACUGCUGAUUGUUAUAGCAGAGGACUUCUCAACACUGACUGUGCCAAUAGCUAGGUUGCUGGGCAUCUAUAAAUUUCCACAGAUCAGUCAUGCCGCUGGGCUUCCACUUCUUAGUGAUAAGAUUCAGUUUCCAUCAUUCCUUCGUACUGCUGGAAGCCUGUAUCCCCAACAAUUUGGUCUUGCAGAGUUUGUGAAAUAUUUUGGAUGGACGUGGGUCGGAAUUUUAUAUGAAGAUAAUGACUUCAAUGCACCAGCAGCUGAACAGAUGAAAGAACUAUUAGCAGAGAUGAAUAUCUGUGCAGCAUUUUAUGAGGUCAUUCCAACAAACAUUGAAAGGCAGAAUAUUCUUUCCCUGGUGAAGGUAGUUGAGACAUCAUCUGCAGCUGUGAUCAUAAUUUUUUCCUAUGCUCCAGCUGUAGCAUUAAUAAUGGAAGAAAUGUAUACACAGAAUAUAACUAACAAACUUUGGAUAGCAAGUGCAAGUUGGGCAGAUGAUUCUAUAUUUUCAAAGAAAGAACUCUGGAAGAUAUUAAAUGGUACAAUAGGGUUUGCUGAACCAAGUAGAAAUAUUCCAGGGCUUAAAGACUUUCUUUACAGUAUCAGUCCUUUUCGAUAUCCACAGGAUAUUUAUAUGAAGGAUUUUUGGGAAACUGUAUUCUUCUGCAAGUGGGUAGAUAAUGAAACCAUGGCAGAUGCUCGUAGUGAAGAAAAAUCUGAUAAAAUGGAGUUUUGUACUGGAAAAGAAAAUGUGGAAUCACUUGAACAGAGUAUAUAUCCAGUUGACUAUUUCAAGUAUCAGUACAAUAUGUUAAAUACAGUGUUUGCAACAGCACAUGCAUUGUAUGACCUGCAGUCAUGCAGUCUUGGAGAAGGACCAUUCAGUAACAGGACAUGUGCAGACAAGAAACAGUUUCAGCCAUGGCAGUUUUUCCAUUAUGUAAAGAAUGUCCGAUUCAUAAACCAGUCUGGUAAGGAAGUAUACUUUGAUAAGAAUGGAGAUGUGCCAACUUUGUAUGAAAUAGUUAACUGGCAGCUAACAUCUCAAAAGUCUAUGAAAAGUGUAACAGUUGGCCGAUUUGGACUGCUGGAUAACCCAAACCAAGGGCUUAUAAUAAACUACAGUGCCAUCAUAUGGAGUGGAGGAUAUAGCCAGUUGAUCCUGAGAGUUGAAGUGAGAGACUUCUACCACCGGAUGUCAGUUUAUCAGCAGACUCUGACGAUGAUGGUGGGCAAACAGAGGCAAAGUUUGGGAGAUGCAGAGAUUGAACCUGACACUGAAUUUGACAUCAAGCCACCCCCAGUAAUUCCAUCAGACACAGCCAAUUCUGCUGCAUGUAUCAAGUGCCCAAUUGACUCCUGGCCAGAUGAGAGGAAGGUCGUGUGCAAUUUGAAAGUUAUGGAAUAUUUGUCCUUUGAAGAACCCCUGGGAGUGGCACUGACUAGUCUCACCAUUCUUCUCUCCAUCAUCCCUGCAUUUAUACUGUGGGCGUUUGUUAAACACCGAGACACGCCGAUAGUAAAGGCAAACAACCGCAGCCUCAGCUAUUUCCUACUUGUUUGCCUUGUUCUUUGUUUUCUCUGCUCCUUAAUGUUUAUUGGAAAACCACAGAUGACAACCUGUUUACUUCGGCAAUCUGCAUUCGGUGUUACAUUUGCUAUCUGUGUCUCUUCGAUCCUUGCAAAGACCAUCACUGUAGUUAUUGUAUUUGGAGCAAAAAGUCCAGGAAGUUUCCAGCAGAAAUGUCUGGGUUCUUGGACACCAAGUGCUAUUGGGUUACUCUGUGCAGUUGUACAGAUCAUAAUAUGCAUUGCUUGGCUUGCAUAUGCAUCACCUUUCCCAGAAGAAAACACACACUCCUUCACAUAUAAAAUAAUUAUACAAUGUAAUGAGGGCUCCAUUACUAUGUUUUAUUUUAUGCUUGGAUACCUUGGGUUUUUGGCAAGUAUAUGUUUUGCAGUGGCUUUUUUAGUACGGAAAUUACCGGACAGAUAUAAUGAGGCUAAAUUCAUCACAUUUAGCAUGCUGAUUUUUGUUAGUGUUUGGAUGUCAUUCAUACCGGCAUAUCUGAGCAGCAAAGGAAAGUAUCUUGUUACUGUGGAAAUAUUUGCAAUCCUAUCCUCAGGAUUUGGUUUACUAAGCUGUAUUUUCUUUCCAAAAUGCUAUAUAAUUUUACUGAGACCAAAUCAGAAUAUUAGAGAGUCUGUAGCAUGGAAGCACACUAAAUAG